CCAACUAGGCACCACCCCACCCAAAAAACCCCUCAUCAUAGAAAAGAAAAGAAGUUGAAUGAGCAGCAGCAAAUAGCUCUGAAGCUCUAACCUAACAAACAACGACAACAAAUUCAUCAAAUGAUGUCCGACUACACAGAAACGACCCACCAGCACCAGCACCAGAAUAUGAUACCCAAGGAAACAGCACUGCAAGCACUAAACACCAUAAUCCAACUCCAUUUCGAGAAGACCCUUGAGAAGAAAAGGGCUGUGGACCUCCAGAAGAAGGAGCUUUGGAAGCUCUUCCAGUUCUUCUUCAUCUUCCUCGCCCUCCUCUUCUUCGCCCAGUCUCAGUCUUCUUCUUCGAGGCUUCAAUGCCGCCAUUGCUGGGUUCCAAUUGGGCUCCUCUCCCUAGCCCACCUCAUAUUCUACGUGUCGGUGGCACAGACCCUGAGGUGCAUCAAUGGCUUCAAGUACCAGAGGAGGUGCCACAAGCUCACUCUUGGCUUGGCCACUGAGAGGCUUAGACAGAUCAAGAUGCGGAUCGGCCUCCUCGAUGGUGAUGGUGAUGGUGCUGGUGCUGGUGCUGGUGAUGCUUCUCUUGUUAUGGUGGGAGGGGAUGAGUUUGAGAUACCUUACCAAGAACCUCCUGAUAGCUACUUCGGUAAGUUCAAGCGCAACUGGGCUUUGCAUUUUGGCUUCUUGAUUUUUAUUUAUGCCUUCAUGGUCUCUUCCUCUGUUGUUCUUCUUUGUUUCUAGUACUCCUCUUCCUCUUUUGUAGAAAGGCUUGGCUCUUCUUGCUUCUCUUCUUUUAUUAUUUAUUUCAACUACAUAUUUCAUUUCAUUUAAUUAAUACUAGUUAGUUUGGUGGAAUAUAUUUGUGUUUUACACAGAGAAAGAGAAAGAGAGAGACAGAUAGAUAUAUGAUUAUGUAUUUUGGGUACAUUGUUAAAUGAUGUUGUGUUAAAUUAGUUUUUGAUUUUUGAGAAUGCAGCAGGCAGGUAACCCACCUACGUUUCAAUUUCAAAAUCUUGAUGGACUUGGCAUUUAAAUGCCUUAUGUUGCAUACAACAAAAAUGCCAAGAAAUAGGGAAAUUUACGACAUUUGUAAUUUUUUAUUAUGAUUGGUUGGAAUGUUGAUUAUGACUUAGGGCGUUUGGUAUUGGUUAAUAUAGUCAAUUUUUUUAGUUCGAA